AUGCUUGCGGGAUGCCAUGCUGACACGCAGCUCGCCGAUCCUCUUAUUCGCCACGCGGUACAUCCCGGGGAUCAUCCACCUAUCCAACGAGUUUUUGACCAUAUUGUCCAGGUUGUUCAUCGGGCCCUUCGUUCGGCCUUCCUCACACAGCUGCUCGGUGAUCAGCAUGAGCUCAAUGACGUCGGGCUUCAUGGUGCUCGCAGCCACAACCGUUAUGGCGCCGGCGGAGCCACCGGUCAGCGGAGUAGUCGUGUUUAUGAUGUUCAUUUCGCUCAGGAAGCUCAAACUACCCAGGUUGUACGGUACCAUGAAGCCGCAAGGUGCAAAAGAAAAUCCGAUGUCGGCAACGCUCCUGCCUAG